AGGAAAGGAAAACAGGGAAGGACAAAUUCAACAAGCGGAGGUCCCAAGGUUUCUACUCCAGGAGCUCUCUGACCAGCCUUGGGCAAUUACCCGGUCGUCCCGUGUCCCCAGCUUCUCUCUUGAAGCUGCGGUGAUUAUACUCCAGGCCUGCACUUCUGCUACGGAGAUCCUUAUUCCAAAGGCUCCGUUGCUGCUGGUCUGGUUUAUUCCAGAGAGAUUCCCCGAGAAACUUCAACGAGAAUUUGAUAACAACCCGAAGCGUCAAGGGAUCAUGGGUGUCCCAGUGCCUGCUCUGUGCACGGGAUUUCGCGUCUGGCAGUACUCUGACCAGCUGCUGCUUGAGCCGUUGGAUGCGUCGACCAGCUGCCUCGCCAUUCGCCGAUCGGACGGCAGCCUGAGCGUCGGAGGCGAGCCAUCUCUCGCCGGAACGGUCUCAGAGCCCAAGUCGGCCUGCCUUCUCCUGGGCUUCAUCGAACUCCUUGCAGGCACGUACGUGCUGCUGGUGACCAACCGGCAGCUGGUCGGUGCGUUCAAGGGCGCACAUGUGUUCAGAGCGACAGCCUUCGAUAUAGUGCCGUGCUGCUCGAAAGACUCCCUCACACCCAAGCAGAAAGCGGACGAGGAGGAGUACCUGGUUCGCCUGCGCUCUGCCUUGUCAGCUCACGGCCUCUUCUUCUCCUACAGCGCUGACAUCACCACCAGCUUACAGAGGGAGGCGCUAGCUGAGGCGAGCACUGGUCCAAAACCCUUGUGGAAGCAGGUGGAUGAUCGUUUCUUUUGGAACCUUCAUCUCCAGCAGCGAGCGAUAAGCUGCCCUGAGGCUGCUCCGUUUGUCGUCCCAGUGAUGCAAGGAAGUUUCGCCAGCAUCCAAUCAGCAAUCAACAAGUGUCCAGUCGAGGUCACUCUCAUUGCACGCCGCAGCGUUGACAGAAUCGGCACUCGCAUGUGGCGCAGGGGCGCUGACUCGAAGGGCGCAGUGGCCAACUUUGUCGAGACGGAGCAAGUGGUGACAGUGGAUGGCGGCGCUGUGGCAUCCUACGUGCAGGUCCGGGGCUCCAUCCCUGUGCUGUGGGAGCAGAUCGUUGACCUCACAUACAAGCCCAAGCUCCAAACUGUUGUCACGGCUGCGCAACCCUUUGAGGCGCCCCUGAGGCAGCACCUAAGAGGGCUCAACGAGAUAUAUGGCCCAGUCAUUGCCGUUGAUCUGGUCAACCAGCAUGGCGGGGAGAGUCGCAUCGGGUCAGCAUACGCUGGAGCUGUGAACGCAAUUAAAGACGCUGAUAUUCGCUACGUGCCCUUUGACUUCCACAAGGAGUGCGGCCACACCAACUUCCACCAGCUGUCUCUGCUGGACGACCAGAUAGGCCAAGACAUGGAGGCGCAGGGUUUCUUCCUGCAAGGGAAGGACGGUUCGGUGCAGAAGCAGCAGCACGGCACAGUACGCACCAACUGUGUUGACUGCCUUGACCGCACCAACGUCUCUCAGAGCUGGUUCGCCCGGCACGUGUUGGAGCAAGAGCUGCGGCAGAUGGGGCUGCUGGGGAAGGACGAGCAGGUGGCGGAGCACAGCGACUUUGACGCCAAGUACAAGAUCAUGUGGGCGGACCAUGGCGAUGACAUCAGCACGCAGUACACUGGCACACCAGCGCUCAAGGGAGACUUUGUGCGGUACGGCAAACGCAGCCCGGAAGGCUUCCUUCAAGAUGGGGUCAGUGCUGUGCAGCGGUACUUCUUCAACAACUAUACGGACGGUGUGAGACAGGAUGGUCUCGAUCUCAUCAUGGGCAACUUCACAGUCAAGCAGGGGGUGUCUUCCCCUUUCACACGCACUGGCAUUGAGAAAUACACGAAUCUGAGGGUGGCUCUUGUGGUGCUUGUCGCAUCCACCUUCCUCUUCCUGCGAAACGUCUUCCCCUCCUCCUCUCCCACCCCGUCUAUCUUGCCGCCAGUCAUCGCAGCCACCUCAGCUGUGCUUGCUGGCUCGGUGCUCUUUGCUCUCAAGAGGUUCGGCCGCCUCUUCUGCGACCGCCCACGCUUCUGCUCCCUGCGGUGAACUGAAUGGGCAACACAUAGGUGGUUUUACUCAUGAGAACACCGGUCUAGAAAAGAAGCUUGAGAUACUUGCAUCACUGACAACAACGCUGGAGAGAGUCUAUAUUAUAUUAGCUGCUGCUUCCAUUUCCUGGAUGGUUGCAUGUUGAAAUGGUAGUGAUUCAUUUUGGUGUCCUCCUGGCAAAUUAGGGAAUAGGAAGGGGAGUGGUAUCAGUGAAUUCCUUCUGGUCGCCAUUUCAUGACGUAAGAAUGAGACCAAGUACCGGUACUAGUGUUAGAAUACGAGAAUGAAUAGACUAGUGUGAGAAACCUAGAACAUAU